AUGAAGACUGUUUUUAUGGUGGCUGAGAAGCCAUCUCUAGCGGCCUCGCUAGCAACAAUUUUGAGUAACGGCAAAAAUACUAGCAGAAAAGGUUUCAAUGGAGCCUGUUCAGUACACGAAUGGCAAGGCACCUUUUUCACAGUCCCAGCUCGAUUCAAAAUGACCUCAGUCUGUGGUCAUGUCCUGGGUGUUGAUUUCAUCAGCAAAUACAACAACUGGGACAGAGUCGAUCCCGUCGAAUUAUUUUCUUGUCAAAUAGAGAAGAAGGAAGCCAUGCCCAAGCUGAAAAUGCCCUAUUUCCUUGCUCAAGAAGCCAAAGGAGCUGAUAACCUGGUGCUGUGGCUAGAUUGUGACAAGGAAGGCGAAAAUAUUUGCUUUGAGGUUAUGGGAGCUGUUGCUAGUAGCAUAAUAGGAAAUGUUUUCUCUGACAGUGUUACCUACAGGGCAAAAUUCUCUGCUAUUACUGAGAAAGAUAUCAAAGCUGCUUUCAACUCCUUAGGUCAUCCUAAUGAGAAUGAGGCACGUAGUGUAGAUGCAAGGCAAGAACUUGAUCUUCGUAUAGGGUGUGCAUUCACAAGGUUCCAAACAAAAUUUUUCCAAGGGCGCUAUGGGGAUUUGGAUUCCUCCCUCAUUUCCUAUGGGCCAUGUCAAACUCCCACUUUGGGAUUCUGUGUCCAGAGACAUGAUGCUAUACAGACUUUCAAGCCUGAGAGUUAUUGGUGUGUUCAGGUCACUAUCACCACAAAGGACAACCAAGAUGUGUCCCUAGAUUGGCAGAGAGUUAGGAGUUUUGAUAAAGAAGUUGCCAAUUUGUUUUUGCAAAUUGUGAAAGAACAAAAACAAGCCAAAGUGGAGAGUGUGGUUUCAAAAGAAAAAUCCAAAGUUAGACCACCAGCAUUGAAUACUGUAGAGCUUAUGAGAGUUGCCAGUUCUGGUUUGGGUAUGGGGCCUCAUCAUGCAAUGCAGAUUGCUGAAAGAUUGUACAUUCAAGGAUACAUCAGCUAUCCUCGUACAGAAACUACCAGAUAUCCUGAGAAUUUUGAUCUACUUGGUACUCUGAGGCAGCAGCAAAAUAAUCCUGAUUGGGGGGAUGAAGUGAAAGAGAUAUUGAGUAAUGGAAUAAAUAGACCAAAAUCUGGGCAUGAUGCAGGUGACCAUCCUCCUAUAACUCCAAUGAAAUCUGCCUCCAGACAUGAACUUGACGGUGAUUCCUGGAAAUUGUAUGAUUACAUCACCAGACAUUUCAUUGGCACCCUAGCAAAAGAUUGUAAAUAUUUGACUACUACAGCUACAAUGGUUAUAAAUGGGGAAGUUUUCAGUGUUUCUGGUAAAACUCUGCUGGAUGCUGGAUUUACUACCAUCAUGACUUGGCAGGCGCUCGGCAAAAACGAAAUAGUGCCCAACCUGACCGAGAACGAGGUGGUUCCGAUCAAGGAGGCCAAGCUGACCGAACACCAAACCUCUCCGCCCGACUACCUCACCGAGUCCGAACUCAUCACCCUCAUGGAGAAACACGGCAUCGGGACGGAUGCCUCUAUUCCCGUGCACAUCAACAACAUCUCCCAAAGGAAUUACGUUACCGUUACCGCGGGAAGGAAGCUGCAACCGACUACUUUGGGGAUCGUGUUGGUCCACGGUUAUCAAAAAAUAGAUCAAGAGUUGGUCUUACCUACAAUGAGAUCUGCACUGGAGGAACAGCUCAAUCUCAUAGCUGUUGGUAAAGCUAAUUUCCAAGACGUUCUAAAACACACUGUAGAAAUUUUCAAGUUGAAAUUUCAGUAUUUUGUGAAAAAUAUCGAUGCCAUGGAUCAGCUCUUUGAGGUUUCAUUCUCUCCUCUAAGUGCAUCAGGAAAAGCUCAUUCAAGAUGUGGAAAAUGCAGAAGAUAUAUGAAAUAUAUCCAAGCCAAACCUGCUCGACUUCAUUGUUCGCAUUGCGAUGAGACUUUCAGUGUGCCGCAAAACGGUAUCAUAAAACUUUUCAAAGAGCUGAAAUGUCCCCUAGAUGAUUUCGAGCUCCUCUGCUGGACGAUGGGCAAUAAGGGUAAAAGUUUCGUGUUCUGCCCUUACUGCUACAACAAUCCACCCUUCAAAGAAAUGAAGAAAGGCAGCGGUUGCAAUGCAUGUGUCCAUCCCACUUGCUCUUACAGUUUGAAUUCGAAUGGGGUUUGCAACUGCGCUGAAUGCGAGUUUGGGGUUAUGGUACUUGAUCCCUCUUCCGGACCUAAAUGGAAAUUAGGAUGCAACAAGUGCGACACGAUCAUCAACCUGUUCGACGACGCCCAAAAGGUCUCCAUCUUGGAAGACAGCUGCGACUGUGGCGCCCAAACGGCGCACGUCGAAUACAAGCCGGAAAAGUCUCGGCUGCCCCAGGGGGCGACCGAGGCGACGGGCUGCCCCUUCUGCCACCCGGACUUCGCCAGGCUCGUCGACCGGCCCAAGGCGGCCGUGAUUUCCAGGCCGAGGGUCUUCAGGGGCGGACGAGGAGGAAGGGGCGGUAGCAGGGGCGGGAGGGGUGGGCGGGGCAGGCCGCCCAAGGACAAGAUGGCCGCGUUGGCGGCGUAUUUUGUAUGA